AUGGCAAACGUCGCCGUCCAAUCCGAGGGAAGAAGCGGCGGGAUUGUGAUUAACGAUGACUGGCCAGGCUACAGUUUAGAUCUGUUCAGCUAUCCCGCUCACUACUCCGGAGACUUAGACUGUGUCAUCGUCCCACAUGGAGUUAUUAUGGACAGAACAGAACGUCUUGCUCGAAAUAUCAUGGAUGACCUGGGUGACCAUGACAUCGUGGUGCUGUGCGUGCUGAAAGGAGGCUACCAGUUCUGUGCCGACCUGGUGGACAGGAUCAAGGCACUCAGCCGCAAUUCCAACCGCACGAUCCCCAUGAGGGUCCACUUCAUCCGCCUCAAGAGCUACCUGAAUGAUCAGUCAACGGAGGAUCUUCACAUACUUGGAGCAGAGGAUCUAUCUUUUUUAAAGGGAAAGAACGUACUGAUUGUGGAGGCCAUAGUAGGCACAGGAAAGACAAUGAAGACUCUACUAAAGCAUGUCGAAGCCUUCAGGCCCAAAAUGAUCAAAGUAGCAGGAUUGUUAGUGAAGAGAGUGCCACAUAACACAGCAUGCCUUCCUGACUAUGUUGGCUUUGAGAUACCUAAUCGGUUUGUGGUUGGAUAUGCCUUAGACUACAAUGAGUAUUUCAGAGACUUGAAUCAUAUCUGUGUGAUCAGCGAAAGUGGGAAGACAAAAUAUAAGGUUUAAAAUGAAGGACGGCAAAAGAGGCGACUGUCACACAGAUGUCAUCUCACAGGAAG